UGAAUCUUUCUGUCACCUGAGUUUGCUACUACCUUGAAUGAUCUAAAAUCUCUCAUCUCAUUUGUCAAACCUCAACAUUCACUAAAGAGAAGAGCAAAUGGUUGUGGCGGUGGGAACACCUUUCAUUGUCUUAUUAUGUGUAUUCACCUUGAGUUUAGCUUUUCUCCUCUCAAAACUUCUCUCAAAAGGUCAAACCAAAAAUGUUCCAAAAGGGUCUCUAGGGUACCUUCUCAUCGGUGAGACACUUAGUUUUCUUAAAGCACAGAGGCAAGACAAGGGCUCUGACUGGUUGGAAGAACGGGUAUCAAAAUAUGGCAAUGUCUUCAAAACAUCCAUAAUGGGUUGCCCUACAGUGUUUGUCAUUGGACAAGCAGGAAACAAGUUUGUCCUUGGUUCUCCAGAGGAUGUUCUGUCUGCUAAGAAACCCUUCACCAUUCAAAAGAUACUUGGAAAGGAAAGCAUAGUUGAACUCACAGGAUCAAGGUUUAGGUUAGUCAAAGGGGAAUUGGUGAAAUUCAUGAAAACUGAAUGCCUCCAGAAUUAUGUCAAAAAGAUGGAUGAAUUGGUGAAGACAGCAUUAUUGAGAGAAUUGAAAGAGAAUGAAACCACAACUGGAGUUGUGAGGUUCAUGAAAAAGCUGGCCUAUGAAAUUGCAUGCAAUAUAUUGUUUGACAUCAAGGAUGAGCAAACUAGGGAGGUUUUGUUUAAAGAUUUUAUCAUAGCAUUUAAAGCAAUGCACUCUCUUCCCAUCAAUUUGCCAGGUACCUCAUUUUGGAGAGGCCAAAGAGCAAGGGCAAGAAUUGUUGAUAGGACACUUCAAAUUAUGAACAUUAGAAGGGAGGAACUUGCAAAAGGAACUCUAAGCUCUACCAAUGAUAUGCUUUCUGGCCUGCUUGCAUUAAGGGAUGAAAAUCACCAACCUCUAGCUGAUGACAUAAUCACUGACAAUUUCAUUCUUUUAUUUGUUGCAAGCCAUGACACUUCUGCUACUCUUAUGAGCUUGAUGAUAUGGAAGUUAUCUAGAGAUCCCGAGGUUUACAAAAAAGUCUUAGAAGAACAAAUGGAAAUCAUAAAGCAAAGGGAAGGAACAGAAGACAGGCUAACAUGGGCAGAGAUACAAAAGAUGAAAUACACUUGGAGAGUUGCUCAAGAAUUGAUGAGGAUGAUCCCUCCUUUGUUUGGCACCUUUAGGCAAGCACUUAAAGAUACUAGCUUCCAAGGAUAUGACAUACCAAAAGGGUGGCAGGUAUAUUGGGCAGCAUGUGGAACACACAUGAACAAUGAAAUAUUCAAGAAUCCAAACAAAUUUGAUCCAUCUCGGUUUGACAAUCCACCCAAGCCAAUCCCAAGUUUUUCAUACCUUCCAUUUGGUGGAGGGCUUCAUUAUUGCUUAGGAAAUGAGUUUGCCAGGGUUGAGACAUUGACUACCAUUCACAACUUUGUAAAGAUGUGUGAAUGGUCUCAAGUAAACCCUGAGGAAACCAUUACUCGUCAACCAAUGCCAUAUCCAUCCAUGGGUCUCCCAAUUAAGAUCAAACCCAAAUGUAAUUUGUCUUAAUCUUUGUCCUGCCCUAUGUACAUUGGUGUUUGUAAUAUUGUUGAUACUCUACUAUUUGUCCUUAUACAGGCAUAUGUUAAGAUUA